AUGCAGUCUAACAAAAAAAGGCCAGAAGUUUGGAAAUACAGAGACGACACAGUGAAAGGAGCAGGAUACAUAUGGAAAUUGGCCGAUAUUCCGCGCUUCUACCGCACGAAAGAAGACUUGCACUUAUCGAACAAUGCGCUCGGACAAAUUUCGAGCGACGCCGCAGCAACACACCGGACCGCUUGGGCUUCCAUGGCCACCCUUGGCGGGCAGAUGGAGCCAGGGCACGCAGAAUCUACGGUGGCUUCGUCCAGAUCGUCUGGCGAACUCAACACCCACGAAAGCAGGCCGACGCCUCAACCAGCGACUGCGUUAUGUUCUAAUGACGGGACUCGGCCCUUGAUAUCAGACCAAGCGACAAGCGAGGCAGCUCCAGACCUGCAGGAAAUACACCAGCGCUCACCUCAUGAAGCUCAUCCCGCACGGACUCCUGGAAGCAAUCACGACCAACCGCUAUCCGCCGCUAUUGAUGGUGAGACUGAAGUUAUUACCACUAUCGAAGAGUCUCAGAAACCCACAAAGGAUUGUAACGCGGAGGUCAUUAUGCAGAGUGAAGACAGACUCCAUUACGGGAAGCUAGUGCUACAGCUCCGUCAAUGGAAAGAGCGACGUUCGCAGCUUACAGAAGAAAUCGCCGGCGCCCAGAUUCUGCUAGGCGACAUCGACGUGCUUCAAGACCAUGUAGUACAGGCAUCUGAAGAGUUGCUGGAACUAGAGCGCCAGGUCGAACAAGCUCAGAACAGAGUUGAAUCUGCACGCAAAGAUUUGGAAGCUGCCAAGAAUCGGGCUGAAUAUGUUACGGCUGCAAAACGAGAGGUCGAACGGAUUGACAAAACUUCGCUCGAAGUGCGUGAGCAAUUAGGCAUUGACUGA